AUGCUGAGAGUUAUUUCGCUGAGUCUCUGGCUCUUGAGCUCUUUACGCUCUAAAGUCUUCCACGCCCAGGUCCAUGACUUUGAUGAUGCCGGAAGCCAUGGCGCAGGCAGCCCAGCAACUGAAGUUAGUAUUCGGGUUCCACGCAACGGCCGUGACUCUGGUCAGUGGCUCGUGGAUUACGACCCUGGACGCGAGCUUUUCCUGCAGCUCCCCUUCAAGGUCGUGCUCCUCUUCAGGCUGUUCAGUGCGUUGCAAGCGAAGACCGACCCAUCUGCGCAGCCGACAAGAAUAAAAGGGUGCGUCGUGCCAACCGAGACACAAGUUAGCGUGUUGGGACCGGUGCAGAUGCUGCGGGCCUGGGCGAAGAAGCGAUGA